AAAGUGGCCUUAGAGAGAGGACACUUCCUCUUGUAGUAGACACUUAUCUCUGCAGAAGGGUUCUGCUGACCAAGAGGGAGGACUUCUACCAGAGACCUGUGUGUGUGGUCAGUUUCAAUCCUGCAAAAUUUCCCUUUAUUUACUGGAAUUUGUCACCGCCCUUGGAGUGGUUCAAACUCUGUGAUGUCCUCAUAUACAUGGAAAAAGUGAAAAAAUGAUUCCCUUUAAAACUUCUAGCCGGGUGCAGAGACACACACCUGCAAUCCCAGUGCUCUGGGAGGAUGAGGCAAGAGAGUCUCAGCCAAAAGAACGGAACACUGAAAAGUCACGACUGUGUCUUGGUUUACACAUCGGAGACUCAGGCAAGCAAACACCACACUGCAGAGAGCAGCUGGAUUGGCCUCACCACCAAGAUGCUGAAAGCCAAGCGGCUAGAAGAAAUCAACACAUGUUACAGCAGCACCGGGCUGGAGAAAGUGACGUUUUUCCAGUGCAUGAAGGAGGUGGAGAAAGUGACGUGCUUCCUGGAGGAAAAUUCCAGCGAACUGGAUCCAAGUUCCGGAAAACAUGAGGCUGAAGAGAAGGCAUGGUUGAACUCUGGCCUGGAAGAAAGGACACCGGUCAAAGGUGAAAGGUCAUCAGUUGUCACAGAGAGAUCUACCGAGAACCACCACCUCUUCUCUGAGAACGAAAAGAUUGAUCAACUCAACAAGAAAAAUUCUGAGAAGACCAGCACCUCUGUAGCCCAGCACGGCUUUAGCAUAUGCUCUACCGAAAGAGUAGGCAUCGAGGAAGGCUUUGCUUCAAGAAAUUCCACAGAACCAAGAGAGGAGACAGAUGGAGAAGACGUUUCAUGCACACAGAGCCUAAAGGGGCAGGAGGAGAAUAUUAGUGCUGGAGAUGACAAGCCGGCUGCUGUGGAUGAAGAUGAAUGUCUAAGGUUCGAAGGAGGGAAACAUGGGCUCCAUCCCAAGGAAGACACUGGGGGAAGGGCAGCUGAGGAAGGAGGAUCAACAGCCACAGGCAGGACAGAGCGGGACCAGUGCUUACGUGGUCAGAGCAGUGCUGCUCAGUCCUGGGAAAGGUGUCCCAGCAGCAUAAAAGCUAUUUCUACACUGGGAACCCGAAGAAAUUCUGCAGCGGGAUCCCCUUUGCAGAGCGCUGAGCAGGCAGAGUUGGGGGGCAGCAGUAAACGAAGAGUGACAGAGGAGUCCUGCGUGGGUGAGGACAACAAGAAGAGCAGGAGAGACACAGUGGGUCUGGGUGACGACAGUGCAACUGUAGCGACCCGAGAAGCCAGACAAGGCCAGAUGCACGCACAGGGCGAAGCCCCGGAAUCCACUGGAGUGAAGACCCCCAGGACGCAAGAUCUGGUGGCCCCACUGGAUGACAGCCUGGCCCCCGCUGCCCCAUUUGAUCAUCGUAUUGUGACAGCCAAACAAACAGCAGUCAAUAGCUUGUAUACUGUGAGCAAAACAGAGAUCCUGGGAGGAGGGCGUUUUGGGCAGGUUCACAAGUGUGAGGAGAAGGCAACAGGCCUGAAGCUGGCUGCCAAAAUCAUCAAGACCAGAGGCGCGAAGGACAAGGAGGAGGUGAAGAACGAGAUCAAUGUCAUGAACCAGCUGGACCACGUGAACCUCAUUCAGCUCUAUGAUGCCUUCGAGUCCAAGAACGACAUCAUCCUGGUCAUGGAGUAUGUGGAAGGCGGGGAGCUGUUCGACCGCAUCAUUGAUGAGAACUGCAGCUUGACGGAGCUCGACACCAUCCUGUUCAUCAAGCAGAUCUGCGAGGGCAUAAAACACAUGCACCAGAUGUACAUCCUCCACUUGGACCUCAAGCCUGAGAAUAUCCUGUGUGUGAAUCGGGAUGCUAAACAAAUAAAAAUUAUUGAUUUUGGAUUGGCCAGAAGAUACAAACCCAGGGAGAAACUGAAAGUGAACUUUGGAACCCCUGAAUUUCUUGCCCCAGAAGUUGUGAACUAUGAUUUCGUCUCCUUCCCUACAGACAUGUGGAGCGUGGGGGUCAUUGCGUACAUGCUACUUAGUGGUUUGUCCCCUUUCCUGGGUGAUAAUGACGCAGAGACGCUGAACAACAUCCUGGCGUGCAGGUGGGACUUAGAGGAUGAAGAAUUUCAGGACAUCUCAGACGAGGCCAGGGAGUUCAUCUCCAAGCUCCUGAUAAAAGAGAAAAGUUGGAGAAUAAGUGCCAGUGAAGCUCUCAAGCACCCCUGGUUGUCAGACCACAAGCUCCACGCCAGACUCAGUGCACAGAACUGCAGCUCCAAUGCUCAUACGCUAAUGACCAAAUAGUCCAAGGAAGAGGCCCUUUUGAAAGGAAAACUGCUGUGGUUGCUGCUGCUUUGAGAAGACUUUUGGAAAAAUCAGCAGUUCGGAUGACUUGACCCUCAGAUGAGUGGCAGCUGGCCACAGCAGAGGAGCCCUUGAACUUGAACUGGGACACCGCUGCCUCCCUCAGCCAGGACACCUGUGCGGGUCCCCGGGGUGCAGGCAGACCCCAUCCUACACACCGCACAGUGGGGAGAUGUUUCCUGCCUCCUUGAGUUAUUUUUAUUUUAUUAUUUUUUUAAGUUUUGGAUGUUAGUCACUGGGGCAGGGGUAUGUUAUGCCUGCUAUUUCUCAGAUUACCCGAGCAAUCAGAGUUGAGAUUUAUUUGAGAUUUAAGAACCUGGAGGCUUCAUUUAGAGGCAGAAAGUGGCUUCCACUCAUUAAAUUGUGUCUCUCCAAGGGGUGAUCGUAUCUUUCGGAAAAUUCUCUGUUUGGCACACCCUUGGACACUUCUUGGUUGGCCUGGAAUCAGGUGAAGUCAGUGGGUAAAUAAUUUGCUUGCUGGACGCCUUCUUUGAAUGCAGAAGCAAAAGGCCUGAGCCAUUGUCUCUUUCAUUUAUUCUGGAAUCUUCCCCCAAGCACAUCAGUUUCUUCCGAGUAGCUGGUUCUGCUUUCAGAUUAGUCCUGCUUUCGCAUGACGUGCUUCCUGUUCCUGUCCCAUGGGCCAUUCGUAACCCAUACGAAGACCAAUCUUCAUACCUAUGCAGUCUCCUGUGCCUCCUCAGAGGUCUGCAAAGAAGAAACAGCAGCCAGACGCCAAAGGUGAAGGACCCUCUGCCUCUUGCGUGCUCUUUGAGCACGACAGUGAUUCCCAGUUGGAAGCUUCUUAUUCCUAAACUCUCCAGCCAUUUCCUGACGGUCAUUUAUAAGGGUCGUGAGUGCUAUUGCGGGUGGCAUUUGGGGUACAGCGAGGAGCAGAGCUGAAAGAUCAAACGUGUACAGUUUCCUUACGAAGAAGGAAUGAGCCAGAGCUGCCCAGGCGUCGUCACACUCAGCACCACACUCGCCCCAAAGCCCUGGGACCUCCCUGCAGUCUCCAGUUCCAUAUCCUGCCUGGUAGCAGGAUGUGGUGGCCAAUGGCUGUGAUCCCAGCAGUCUGGGAAGCUGAGACAAGACAGUCACAUGCUUGGGCCCUGCCUGAGCCAUUAGCAAUUUAGCAAGACCCUGUCUUAAGAUGAAAAAAUUUUUAAAAAGAGCUGGAGAUAUAGCUCUGAGUAAAAACCAAACAGACCAAAGAACUAAUGCUGUUGUGUUGAAAUAGGCUGCACCAGCUCCCUACCGUGUAGCCCAGCGUGUUGUCCAGGCGAGGUUGUUGCGACAGCAGCGAAGGACAUGUAGUGAGAGUUACUUGGUGGCUGUGUCAGGAAGGGAGAGGAACGCUCCUCCCUUCUCUCCCACCCGAGCUCGCCAGUCCUUAAGGUGCGCCCACAGACAUAAUUCCUCUCCUGAGCAAGGGGAAGCAGAGAGUGACAGGCGGAUAAUGUCAUGAGGGCUGCAGGCUGACUUCACAGUCCUGCUGGGUCUACCUAUCUACGACUCGCUUGUCUCCAGCCUCCGCUCUCAUAGAACAAUGCGUGACUGAAGAGUUCUAUUACUGGUCUGGGUUUAGCUGAUGCUGUUCGUUGAGUCAGGAAAAAUCCAAGGCAGUGCAUGUGUUGAUGCUCCUGGACCACAGGGAGCUGAUACUCAGUCCAGUGGAUGCGGAGGUCUGGCUGGAGCUCCAGGUGCAAAGGCUCGGUCUGGCCCUGGCUCAGAUUCUCUCCCGCAUCCAGCAGGUCUUUUGCAGGAUGGGUAGCCCGAGUGCAGCCUCAUUCUAAUUCCCAGAGGCAGAGAAAUUGCCCUUAUCCUGCCAAGCAUGGAAGGGGCAGCUCGGGGAGCUAUGAUUUUUUUUGCCAAAUGAAUUUACUGAUGCCCCCGUAGUUAGUGGAUGUGACUUUCUUAUGUCUUGGGAUUCAGAAAAGAGACUGAAUAUUUGAAAAAGGAGAAGGGACUCCAUUUUUAGCUAAAGUCCCACAGGUACGUGGGAUGGUAUUCCCGUGCCAGCAGGAUGCUAGGUAAUCAAAGCAGAGCAUGGGCUCAGAGAAGUGAGUUUGGCUAGACUAAGCUAUUGGGAUCGAUUUUUCCAAAAGGUCAUCAGAAUCUGAGGGCCCAGAUUUCACCUCUACCCUCUUUUUUAUUUUUUGUCUUUUUGAGACAGGAUCUCACUAUGCAGUUUAGAUUGAUCAUGAGCUCACUUUGUAGCCCAGGCUGGUUUUGAGUUUGCAACAAUUCUCCUGCCUCAACCUCCUGAGUGCUGGGAUUACAGGCUUGUGCCAGCAGCCCAGCUCUUCUCCACCCUCUUAAGGGACAGUAGGGCUUCACUUACGCUCACUAGGAAGUUCCCAUUUCCUUGCCAAAUGGAGAAAAUUAAGCUCUGAUGUGGCACUUCCACUGUGGGGGAGAAGCAAUCCUGCCCAUCAUUAAGAAAAAUACCCACAUUUAUAGUUUGGGAGACACCAGUACUUACUAGUAUCUGCUGAUGUUAAAGAUCACAGGGCAAAAGCUUAUCUGUUACUUAAAAAACUAGGAAAGUGGUCAUCAUCUGAUCUAACUUGGGACAAAGAUUUCCAGGUUGGAAAGUGGGUACCACACAUGUCCGGUGAGCUCCAUGGCUUUGCUUUCUGUCCUCAGACAUGUAAAUCGGUGCGCUGCUGCGUGGAAAGCUGGAAAGCGCUGUGUGUGUUUGAAAGGUGCGUGGCUGCUUCCACUUUCAUCUCAUGAGAACCAGUGUAGCACUUUUUUUCUCAUUGUAGAAUCAAACUACAGAUUUUAGAGUAGGAAAUGAGAAUCCUGCUCUGUGUUUCAGUACUUUUUUUCUUCUGUCCCCACGGCUGCCCCUGCCCCUGCCACUUGGCACGGCGUGGCAGCGCACGUAUCUCUGCUUGUGUAGUUUGGGCUGUGCACCAGCUCUCUUGGAGAAGCCAUGGUGGAAGUGUGAGGCCCAGGAAGAGCAGGCUCCUGGCAGGCUGCGGCUCUGUGCCCCCAGCCACUCCACCACCAGUGGAGGCUCCCGUCCCAGCAUCUCCAAGGCUCCUGCAUUUGCUCUUUAAUUUUUUAAAAAUUUUCUUACAUGCAAAUCAAAUCCAUCUUCCCCGUUGUGACAACUCUUCCCAGGCCUUCAGUUUAUUUUUUGUUGAACCUCGAGUCUCACAAUGCUAAAUUACCACUAAACCACAGCCCAUGCCUGCCCCCAAGGCUUUCCUUUCUCUCUGUCCCUCCUUCCCUAGGGCAAGCACUCAGCACAGAGCUGCAUCCCAUACAUCCCCAGCCCUUUGUAUUUUGAGGUAAGGUCUUGCUGAAUUGUGUAUGCUGGCCUCUACCAUGCAGUCCUCCUGUCUCAGCCUCGAGAGCAGCUAGGAUUACCUAUUUGCCACCCAUGCCCAGUUUACUGAUGUCUUUUGAGAUUGGAAAUUUAUGUGUGAAAGGCAAGUCACUUUGUAUCCUAAAGGAAAACUGAUGCUGAACGCAUUCAGUGUUGGGCUCCUGCAUCUAGAUUGCUUCCUCGCAUAGCCUGAAGUCUGCACUUCCUCGGAAGUGCCAGUGUGUGUCCUUGCUCUGCUUCAGUGGGGUGUGUUUCCAGCGUGUAGUCUUUAUCUGGGCAGCUGCACCUUCCAUGAAGGCUUAUUUAUAGCUCAGUCCCUCCUGCCCUUUCAGAACACUUCAGCCCUGUGAGUUCAGGAGCUGGAUGUGGACGUGUAGGCAGCAUCGCAGCUGGUCAGCAAGUCUUUCUGAAGAAGCCUAUCCAUGUAGAUAAGAAUUUAAAGUGGAUUCAUAAGUGGCGACUGCAUAUAUCAUGUAUAUUUUUAUUUCUAAAUGUGGGUAUGUUCUGCUAUAUCUCUUGGCCUUCUAAAGGUGUACUUCGGGAGUCAUAUAUAUGUAUUAUAUUAAACAAACAUGGACCUUAUCUAUCCUUUGUUAAUGAGUAAAUUAUUCAAUAAAGUAGACUUGGAAAUGCAACACAAA